AUGAGUGAAUACACUCAAGUGACUGAUAAAUAUGGUUCAUCUUUUCUUCUUUAUGCUGCCCAAAGGAAUAAUAUUGAUGCAGUCAAAUUCUUUCUUUCUCUUCCAAAUGCUGAUAUAUAUGCAAUUAAUCGGAACGGUAUUUCAGCUCUUCAACAUGCAUUAAACACAGAUAAUGCCGAACUAAUGAAAAUAUUAGUUUCUCACUCGAAUUUCAAUGCAAAAUAUUAUUACAAAGAUGGAGGUACAAUUCUUCAUCACGCAGUUCAAGAAAAUAAAAUAGAAGUUGUUAAAUGUCUUUGUUCAAUUCCAAGUAUUGAUGUUAAUGCCAAAGAUCAAUAUUCUAAAAAGACACCUCUUCAUUACGCUAUUCAAGAAAAUUAUCAUGAAAUUUUAAAGUAUAUGUGCUCCAACAGUAAAAUUGACAUUAAUUCUAAAGAUGAGAAUAACAUGACACCACUUCAUUACGCAGCUCAAACUAAUAACCUAGAAGUUGCCAGAAUUAUUUGUUCACGAAUUGAUGUUGAUCUCAAUGCAAUAGAUGAUAAUAAAAUGACUCCUUUGAUAUAUGCCGCCAAAUUUAAUUCAACAGAAGUUAUCAAAUAUUUAAGUUUCUUACCAAAAAUUAAUUUCACAGCAACGGAUGAUCAAGAUAAAAGUGCAUAUGAUUAUUCAAACGAAAAUAAUAAUGCCGAGGCCGUCAAUAUUCUCUCUAUUCAUCAUCCAACCAAAAAUAAUAGCAAUCAACUACAUUCAGUUCCACAACUUAAUUAA